AAAAGGAAGAAGAAAAAAACCUCUCAGCUUUUUAGCCAUUGUCUCCUCUCCCUCUGCUUUCUUCUCUUUCUCGUGGCUUCUCUUCGGACAAAUUUACGAAGAUUUUGGCGGAAUUUUUUGUCUCCGGAUCCGCGAUCUCUAUUCGUUUCUUGUUCGAAUUCACGGGAUUCGAUCGUUUUCGUCGAUCGCCAGAACCAAUCUUCCCCUUCAGUUUCCACCGUCUUUCUUGAGGUGGCAUUAAUCUUUUAUUCAAGAACUAGGGUUUGAGUUUGGAUCUCUCGUAUUGGCGGAGUUGUGAGGGUUUGGAUCCAGCUCUGGAUUCACUCCUCCGGUUUGAUCGGAUUUGGACGGAGGGCUUUUGUUUCAAUGCGGCGGUAGCUGGGAUUUAUUAUUAGCACUCGCUAUCUUUGGGAGGAGUGCGAUUUCUUUGUUUCUUUCUUUCGAGACGGGAGGUUGAGGGCCAAGAUUGUGGUGGUGGAUGUUGGAAUUAUUUGAGCUGGGAAGGGUCCUGAUCGUAAUCCCUCGGGUGAGUUGAUCGUAGUGGAAUCGACGUAUAAGGUUUAGAUUUCUUGUAAUGUAGGUUGGUGGGAUCGGGAAUAGUUGAGCAUAAAAGUUCGGAGAGUUCCUUUUAGGGUUUUAUUUUGUGAAUUUGGAUUUCUCCAGAUUGGGGGAUCGGUUCAUCUUGUUUUGGUUUUGGGAUCAGCGGUGGCAAUCUAAGGUUUCGUCUGAGAGGGUGAUCUGUUGGCAGUUGAUUUUUUGGGUGGAUUUCUUGACGGAUCUUUACUCAUGGAGCAUGUCAUUGGAGGAAAGUUCAAGCUCGGGAGGAAGAUCGGCAGUGGAUCUUUUGGCGAGCUAUAUCUUGGUGUUAACAUACAGAGUGGAGAAGAAGUGGCCAUAAAACUGGAAUCCGUGAAGACCAAGCAUCCUCAACUUCAUUAUGAGUCAAAGUUGUAUAUGCUUCUCCAGGGAGGAAGUAAGUGGUUAAUCUAUAAGCGUAAUCAGUUUGCCUUUUUAGCCAAUGUUACUGAUUUUUUUUUAAAUUUUUUAUUUGUUUUUCUUUUUUGGUGCGUUUGGGUUUAUUUAGCUGGGAUCCCACACCUAAAGUGGUUUGGUGUGGAGGGAGAGUACAAUAUCAUGGUUAUUGAUCUUCUAGGGCCUAGCUUGGAAGACUUAUUUAACUACUGCAAUCGGAAAUUCUCAUUGAAAACAGUUCUCAUGCUUGCUGAUCAGUUAAUUAACCGAGUUGAGUACAUGCAUUCAAGGGGCUUCCUCCACCGUGAUAUAAAACCAGAUAACUUUCUUAUGGGCCUAGGUCGUAAAGCAAAUCAGGUUUAUAUCAUUGAUUAUGGCUUGGCAAAGAAAUAUAGAGACCUCCAAACUCAUAAGCACAUACCUUACAGGGAGAAUAAAAACCUAACAGGAACAGCACGUUAUGCAAGUGUUAACACACAUCUAGGAGUCGAGCAAAGUCGGAGGGAUGAUUUAGAAUCUCUUGGUUAUGUGCUUAUGUAUUUUUUAAGAGGAAGCCUUCCUUGGCAGGGACUGAAAGCUGGCACUAAAAAGCAGAAAUAUGACAAAAUUAGUGAAAAGAAAAUGCUUACACCGGUAGAGGUGCUGUGCAAGUCAUAUCCAUCAGAAUUUAUAUCUUACUUCCACUAUUGUCGAUCCUUGCGGUUUGAUGACAAGCCGGAUUACUCAUAUCUAAAGAGGCUUUUUCGCGACCUCUUUAUUAGAGAAGGCUAUCAAUUUGAUUAUGUUUUUGACUGGACCAUAUUGAAAUAUCCUCAGAUUGCUUCCAAUCCACGAGUGCGGCAACCCAGUGGAAGAACAAGUGGAGCUGUUGGGCCAUCUCUGGACAGGACAGAAAGAACUUCAGGUGUGGUUGAAGCAUUCACAAGAAGAAAUGCUUCAGGUUCUGGUCAUCAUGGUGACCGCUCCAAGUACAGAACGGCAGAUGAUGCAACUAUGCCAUCCAAGGAGACUGCUCACGAACCAGAAAAAAGUCGCCCAUCUUCACGCAAUGGCAGCACAUCAAAGAGGGCUGUUUUUUCCAGCACUCGAGCAGGUUCUUCCCUUGAGCCUAGUGAGCAGCAACAUAGCAGAGCAAACCGGCUGUUUUCAACCAGCAGUAGCCGCCCAUCUAGUGCACAGAGAGUUUUUCAGCCUGGGGUUGAAUCAAGGUCAUCGUCAAUUUCCCAAACUGCAGCUGUGAGAGGUUCUCGUGAUGAACCUCCAAUCCGUAGCUUUGAACUCCUAUCAAUUGGUGGGGAAAAGAGGAAGUAGAGGGAAAAAGCCGGUGGGUAAGAUGCUCCUGCCCCGGUAUGGGGGACUAGCAAUUCUUUGCCAUUUCUGAGUUUUCUUGAGCAUAGCCAAACUUGGCUAUGUUCUGUUGAUAUUUUUUAGUUUUUGCUUGAUUGUGAUAAGAUGUGCUUAUAAAGCAAAACAUCCCCGCCUUGACAUUUAGUCACAGUGUUGCGGGAUCCAGCUAGCCAGUAAUCCACCGAAGACGUAAUCCAGUCAUGGGAGUCUCCGAACAUCACAUUUAAGGUGUAAGAGCACCUUUUUGCUUUCCUGUUGAGGGGAUCCUGCUGUUAUUCAGGUGUAAUACAGCUGAAGUCUUCCAUGGACAAUUGUUUAUGUGAGACUUUCAUCUUCUCAAUAAAAGAAGGAAAAAAAAAAAAUACUCAUCUAUCAUACAUUA